AUGUCUCCUGCAGCGAUUCCCGAGGAGCUGCAGCCGCAGCCGGAUCUGCACCAGGAUCAGCUCCAGGCUGUGGGCAAAGCAUUCGAUGCCCUGCUACUAACCCUCUACCGACUUACUCACAGACACAAUGAUCUCAAGAAGUAUACCGAUGAGGCGUUCAAACAGUAUACAAAUGUGACAAGGUUACUGCCACCUCAAGAUAGACCUCAUGCGAUGGAGGUACAGCAAAGGUUAUUGGAUCAACAGAAACAAUUGUGUGAGGGGCUUGUCCACAGCAAGCCGCCCGUCGAAGAACAGUCGUUGAAUUCAAUGGAAAUAAUGAAGACGCUCGUUUCGCACCAAAACGUAGACGAAAAUUCAAUGCGGGCCAUCGUGGACGGGGUCAAAGGGUACAAGGCUCUGCUCCGUUCGGAUGGCCUGUCUCAGAUAUCCUCCGAGAACUCCUGCCUCUUCGCUCGCGGUCCGGACCCCUCGGUUUCCUUGGAGCAAGACUUUACUACCAACGGAACCCAGGGCAGUCUGCACUGUCCUUUUUCCAAACCUAAGUCUCCACGUCCGGGCAGCGACAUGGCGUCAUCCAAGAGAAGUGACGGAGGACCUAAAAUCCAGAUCGAUACCUGUGGACACGAUCACUUGGAUCCGAUCCAUGCCGAUCAGGAAGAGCGUCGCUCCAGUACUACUCCCUCCGUUGGUCGAUCUUCCCAAGGACGAUGCCCCGUAUCGCGAUGCCCCAUUCGAUACCUGGACAAGCACUCACCCGAAGAGAUUGCCGAAUACGUCGAGCGACAUAAACAUGAGAUCCCACGGAGCCAUGCCAUCUGCGUGAAGCGAUACCAGAGAGAUCCACAGAACAUGCGGCAGCUGGAUGCCAAGUACGGCGGCCUGAUCAACAUGAUCAGUGGCCUCAGUGCAAAACACCAGGCUUUCCUGCCGGAGCGCGAGACCAACGGUGAUGGCGAUGGCCAGGUUGAAGGCGAGGGUGAGGGCCGAUCUGCCCACUCCGCAUCUCCAGAACGAGUCGAGAAAUGGGCCGAGGAAGUCGACCCGGUGACUCCAGUACCACCCACACAUGAAGUCGAGGAUCGCGAGAGUCGCUUCGACCGUCCCCUUCGUGAAGUUCGAGUUGGCGAAUCCCCAAGCCGGCCUUGGGGAAUCCCCGUUCCAAUCACCGAACAGCCCCCGGCUUCUUCCAUCCCAUUCCCCGGAUCGGCAUCUGGACCGAUCUCUCCAGACGCUGUCCCCGUCGAUCCCUUGAACCAGUCACCCGGCGAUGCACCGGCGAAACCAGCAGGUCGAUGUCCUUUCGGUCACGAUGCCCCCAAGGCCAAGCCUGCUGCUAGUCCUUCCGUCCCCGCCCCGGCUCCCGCACCAGCUCCCGCUGUUCAUCUCGAGUCCCCUUGGUCUAACUGGGGUAACUUUGACAAUGUGGGCAAGGGCGAGACUGCCGAGCAUGAUGCGGCGAAGGUGGAAGAUGGCCCUCCCAAGACCGAUACCAAACCUCAAGUCCCUACGCACGUCACCUUCAACGGACCGGUAUUCUUUGGCUAUUCCGCUGAGGAGACGGCCAGCUUGAUGCAGCAACUGGCGCAUCUCAACCAGGGCAAAUCCUAA